ACCCCAACUUCAUCGUAUACCUGCUCUUGUCGACACUCUUUUGGCCUUUUUUGUUCACCGCGUCAUGACCAAUACACGGCUUUUAAAUGAAGUGAUGAUGAUGUCAGUGUAAAUGCGCUGACACAUUUUGACUUCAACUGUUUAAGUCCGGCGCUCGGCUUGUGUUAGCAUAACUAACGUUAGCACAUCAUCAUCAACAGCGGCACCGAGUGAAGGCGAGCGGAGAAACCAGUUAGCCCGGGCCAAAAUACCCACGCCCUGCCAUGUAGUUUUGCGACUAACACUUUGAUACCACAACUCAUAUGAUGUAACGAGUUCAGAUUUAAGGUUCGUCCAGUUAAACGACGGCCGAGCGUUUGCCGUUCGGCUCAGUUAGCUUGUUAGGCGGUGCGCAGGUUGACCUGUUCUAGUUUCCUCUUGAGCUGAACAGGUGCAUCGCUUCCAAAGGAAAACUACACAAGAGUGGGCCAUUAAAGGAAAGAACCGAAUAAACACCAGGACACACCGAUUGACGAUGCUUAAACGGCUACAAAAGGAAUUAUUAGCCCUGCAAAAUGAUCCACCCCCUGGAAUGACGCUGAAUGAAAAAAGUGUACAGAACACCAUAACUCAGUGGAUCGUCGACAUGGAGGGGGCCCCCGGCACACUGUACGAAGGAGAAAAAUUUCAACUGCUCUUCAAAUUUAGUAGUCGAUAUCCUUUCGAUUCACCUCAGGUAAUGUUCACAGGGGACAAUGUACCUGUCCACCCUCAUGUGUAUAGCAACGGUCACAUCUGUCUAUCCAUCCUGACGGAAGACUGGUCACCAGCCCUCUCAGUGCAAUCUGUUUGUCUUAGCAUUAUUAGCAUGUUGUCCAGUUGCAAAGAAAAGAGACGACCACCUGACAACUCCUUUUAUGUAAGAACAUGUAACAAAAAUCCAAAGAAGACAAAAUGGUGGUAUCACGAUGAUACUUGCUAAUGUACAAAAAAGUUUGUAAUAAUCACAGAAGAAAAGUCCUACUGACCUACGUAAAGCACUUUUUAAACAUUCAGUCUCUGAACUCUGACCUUUGACUGGAACGAUGGACAGACACCGAUGCGCUGGAGGCUCCAGACUGCAUAUCCCCCCCACCCACCCCACCCCACCCGCCGGGCAGUUCCAUGCAUGUUUUAGUUGGUAAUAACUAAGAAUGGAAAACCGUUGGAACCCUUUAGAUGCACUCGAAAUGGAUAAUUUUUUUUGGGCGGGGGCUGAACGAUAGUAAUGCAGUACGCAAGGUGUAUUUUUAUGUAUUUCCUGUUUUUAAAAUGAUUAUUGUUACAUUUUUGCGUGUGUGCGGACUUUAAGAUCCUUGUGUUGUGCAAUAAUAACCAACCGAUGGAGGCAUUCUCGGGCUGACAAAGGAGUUCUCCAAAAGGAUUUCUGGAAGGGACCUGACCAUCAUAAGCCCAAGAAAAUGCUUCAUCUUUUUUUUUUUUAAAUAUAUAUACAUUAUAUGCACUGUGAAGAGUACGUAGUUAAGAGGCACUGUCAGUACAUCAUUCCCAACACCUUGAGCAGCCCCCCACUCAUACGUAUAAGUUCAAACGUCAACACAAUACUCAUUCCCGUGGAGACCGGUGCGGACGGUACACGUGGCAACAAAACAAGCGUGGCAUUGGGUCAAAUUUAGAGCUGUCAAACUUUAUCUUGACGUGUCCAGCCUCAGUAAUGAGCAGGGCCCUUUUUCAUUUAAAGAAUGUCUGUUGCGUUUUUCUUUUCAAGGUUUUUCAUGCUUCGAUAAUGUCCAGUUCUUUUUAUACUGUUUUGGGAGUGGACUGCUUGGAACGCUGAAUACGUUUUUUUUAAUUGUGAUAUAUUUUUAUUCAGACAAAGGCAGAGAAUAGGGGGGAGUCAAUGCAGGCGUAAUAACAUGAUGGUUUUGUGAUUAUGCCUGGUCAGUGUUAUGGCUCAGGUACUUUUUUCCAAUAAAGAUACCUAUCCAGAUGUUUAAACUAUAUUUUUGCCAAAAGACUGUUAUAUUGUAAAACUAACAUGUCUGGAGCUAUUGUAUACAGGGUUUUAUUUGGGGGGAGAAGGAUAUUAGGGGAGAUGGGUUUAUGGAUUUACUUCAUAGCGUAGUGAUAAUAGGAGUUGGCCUAUAAUGUAGACCUAAUUAGGAUGUGUACAGUCAGCAUCAAUGAAUGCCAUAAAGAUUUCGUUCACCCGAGGGACUUGGUAAUUUCAAGUGUAAUCACUAUUCCUUAAGAAACCAAUAUGAUACUUGAAUUUUCCAUCUUGCUUUGUUCUGUCUUGCAUUUGCCUCUCUUCCCCACAGGCUAUGCUUGUUUGUCUUGAGUGAUGUGAAUGAGAUGGCACCCUUCUGAUCUAGAGAUCGCAGUACAAUGCUACUGUAUGUUAUUUUAAAUGUUCUCAUCCACUCUCAGACAUGAUGGUACCCAAAUGAUUGUGUUAACGAAGCAGCCAUAACAGGAUUUGUGAGGGAAUUUAGCAAAAGUCUUCACAGAAAAGCUAUUUCUAACUUGUAGUUGAAUACGUGAGGCAUUGUUGUUUUUUUUUUCAAUGUGGUUUGAAGUUCCAAGUUGCAGAUUUUAUUUUAUUUGAGUGGGGGGGGGGGGAAUAAGGGUUUCAUAUUUAUUUUUAAAAACUCUAGUUCUGGGCUGUUCAAGCUCUGUAAUAGGUGCCUAUUCAUUUUCAUAAUCGAUAAUAAAAGCGAAGAUUCACGUUUAA